AGCGGCGCUGCGGCGCAGCCUCGCGCGGCAGUAGUACGCUCGAGUGUUGUAGUUUCGCAGAAGCUGCCUGGACUGGAGCAGGGCGACGAGUGACCCUCUCCGCCUGGCCAUGUCCUGGUGAUAAAAACAAACAAGAAGAAGAAGAAGAAGAAGACGACGAACAAAAAAAAUUAAAAUAAAAACAUAACAACCUCAACAUGGUCCAGCGAAACUAGCCGUGUGCUGCGGGGAGAUCCGAGGCGCUCACCCGUGAUGCUUGAUCGGGCCGAGGAGUGAAGCACAUUCCUGGAGGAGCCGAGGGUUGCUGCCCUAAGCUUAUGAGAAACCGCCCUGCUCAAACCGUCAAGAUGGCUUCCAGCUUCUCUUGCCCUCACUGGAACGACUUGGGACAAGGAUGUGUGUUGCCAUGGUGAUCAUUUACAAGAAAACACUGGAAAAGAAGGGUGCCGACGAUGUAACUACCAAAAGGACAGAUUUGGGCCCGUUUCAGGCACAGACCAUGAGCCAGGGGACAGCACUCUUCUCUUGUGGACUCAUGGAGACAAGUCGGUGGCAUGAGGUGGGUCAUAGCUGUGCCAUACAGCAGAGGCCAGUGGGAACCAGCCUGGAGAGCCUGUGGGACGUCCUGCCGGAGGUGCACAGGGGUUCGGCCCACUGGGACUGGGAUGUCGGCUCCACUUCGAGCACAAUCAGCAGCUUGUUGCAGGACCUCAGCCUGACUGAGGCCGCGGCGUCACACUCGACCGCACCGCCCAGCAAGCGGCAGUGCCGGUCCCAGUCCUGCUCAGACGAGCUCGGCGGUUGCCGCUCCACCUGGCGCCCUCAGGGUUCUCGCGUGUGGACGACGGUGGAGAAGAGGAGGUGUCACAGCGGCGGCAGCGUCCAGCGCAGCGUCGUCGCAAACUCGCAGCUCAGCUUCCCGGCCAUGCAGCGCAGCUCCAGCUUCAGCCUGCCGGCCCGCUGCAACGCCCUGGAGCUGCCCUGCUUCACCCAGCGUCUCCCAUGCCCCUCAGCCUUCUCUGGCCUGACGCCCUCAUCCUCUUCCUCCAUGCCCCUGUCCCCCAAGUCCCCGGCGCAGCCCCUCUACCUCUCUCACGAACAGAUCUGCCUUCCCGAGCCCCGUGGACCCUCUCAACCCAGCUCCCCCGACUCCACCCCAGAGCUGGAGCGUCGCAGUGGACAGGGGGGUCUCCCCCGCAGUCGCUCGCAGCCCUGCGUCCUCAACGACAAGAAGAUCGGUGUGAAGCGCAGGCGGCCAGCCGACACGCACAAACAGAGGCCGUCGUUGGAUCUGGCAAAAAUGACGCAGAAACUUCGGAAUUUCCACAGCCUCAGCUGCCCUGGAAUCAUAGGCGAGGACGGCGGCGAGUCCGGCCAGGCCCCGCCCGCCGUCACGAGCGACGCUGACCACUCGCGUGCAGACGGCCGCGGCCUGGACGACGCUCAGACCAAAGAGGGCGAGAUCACCGGGAACAUGCCGUCGGACCCCGCGAUCGAGGAAGUGGACUGGAACUCCACGGACUGCGGCGACGUGACCCCGGGGACGACGAACGGGAAGGACAGUGAGCCCAUGUGGGCGGGGCUGUGCAGCAUGAGGAAGGACAUGUAUCAGCUCGGGGGCGAGCUUGACAUUGAGCAAAUUGAGAGGAACUGAGCCGGGCCACCUUCCUCUCGAGGGGGGGGGGCUCAUGUAGGGGACUGAAUGUUUAUCACCAGACGGUACAGUGAACAGUACUGAUAGUCUUAAGGACACAGCAAGUGGAAAACUAACGCAGAACGAGCACUUGUAUGUUUUUCUCACAUAGAGAUUGAGCAGGAGCUUUGUGGGGACUUUUUUUUAUUUUCAGAAGCUUCUCCACCAUUGUGCAGUAUCUCAACUGUGUCUCAGGACAACAAAGACGCCAGGAGGACGGGUUGUUGCGGUGAAGAAAAUAGAACUGAUGAAUUAAAAAAACAAAUUAAAAAAACAAAACGAUGGCUCAGAGACUGGGGUCUUUUAACAUUUCUCUGUUACCCUGAUUACCUUCACUGUACUAUGUUUGGAGAGAAUUCACAGCAGGUUUGUAUAAAUUCUCUGCACUAGAAAAAAAAAAGGGGUUUGUUCCCCCCGACGUUCUUCUGUAGUACGAGGGCACAUGACGGACGGAAAUGGAGACGCGCUUCAAGAAAGCUACCGUUAGUAAAAGCCUCCCGUUCACAACGGCCUGUGUAGUAUAUCGAAGAGCUUAACAUUUCACACUGUUACAUCAGGCGUCUCCGUGAGAUCUAUGCUCCCCGUUUUGUUUUGAGAGAGAAACUUUUCGAUGCUAAUAGCGUUAAUAUUCUUUCUUUUUACAAUUUGUAACUCCAAAGUUAUGUAAAACAUGAGCAUAUUUCUAUACAAAUAAACACAAGUUUUAAAUGUG